AUGGAGCAUGAAAUUGACUUCAUACUCAUUCAGGAAUCAUAUCAGCAUGGCAAUAAAGUCAUCAGCUUCCCACUUUCGUGGACAGUAGUCAAUGCUACUGACGAACCCAGAGUCGCCACCAUUUGCUGCCGCCAAAUAUGCAGACGUGCCUCCUCACUUGAUCAGCAACAAGAAAUCCUGAAAGCGUAUCCAAAAGCACACCAUCUACUAGCGGGCGAUUUCAACGCCCACUCGGAACUGUGGGGUUACUCAGAUACUGACGCUCGAGGACGACAGAGGUACAAACUCAAGCGAAGGACGCUAAAGCUCUUCAGCCAAAAGGCCCGCAGUACACUCACACGUGCAGAACAAGAUUUAGAACACUGCCACAAUACAGAUGAUGUUGAUAACUUCACUAGUAUCCUAAUUAAAGAGCUUCAGGCCAUUUGUGAUUCGACUUUCCAGAUCAAAUCUCCAAAGGUACACUAUGUUGCCAACUGGUGGACUAAAAGCCUCAGGAUACAAAGGAGUAAGACCCGAGCUCUUCGCAGAAAGAUGAAGUCGGAGCAUAAAUCAGAACGCCGAGAAGAACUAAGUAUUAUCUACAAAAAAGCACAAGCCCAGUAUAAAAAGGCCAUUCUAGAAGCCAAGCUGUACAGCUGGAGGGCGUUUUGCACAAACAAUAAAAAUCCCUAUGGGGUAUUGCAUAAAAUCGCAACGAAUAAGGUCUUUGCCCCUCCAAUUCACAAGGUCUACGUAGACGGCACCAAUAAUCCGCAACCGACAGAGGAGCACAGGAGCACUAUUGCGGCAACACUCACCAAGAUUCUUGAUGCAGUCUUUCAAGACGACAAUACAUUGGAUGCUUCCAAUCCAGAACAUCCAGCUUAUCUUCUACACUCCACAACAGAAGAUGACGUGUCAUUCACGCAGCCUGAAGUCUGCGCUGUUUUGCGAAAUCUACCGAGGAACAAAGCCCCAGGGCCCGAUUCGUUGGACUACAACAUUGUCAAGGCGAUGCAUCAGGCAAAACCAACGUUUCUUAAAAAUUUUUACAAUAAAUUGCUCCAACUGCGUUAUUUUCCCAAGCCCUUUAAGACAGGGCAAAGUUAUUCUUUUCCAAAAGAAAGAAAAGGACCCCGAACGAUCCGGCCUCAUUCCGGCCCAUCUGUCUCCUGCCCGCCAUAG